AUGACCAAGUCCAAGGCAGAGGCCCCGAGCACGGAAGCCGAGGGCCGUGAUGGAGGCUACAGCUGGGUGCUGGUGGGGGCACUGUUUGUCUGCUCCACCCUGGUGUUCGGUCUGCUCCGCAGCCUCGGCGUCUUCUUCGUGGAGUUUGUCCAGUACUUUGAGGAGAGCGCCCAGGCCAUCUCUUGGAUCUCCUCCAUAGGCGUGGCCACACAACAGCUCUUCAGCCCACUUGGCACAGCGUUGUGUAAUGCGUACGAUGCCAGGCGGGUGGUGAUGACCGGAGGCUGCCUCGCCGGUCUGGGCCUCAUACUGUCUUCACAGGCUACCUGCCUCCUACACCUCUAUCUCACCAUGGGCGUCAUCACAGGCCUGGGCUGGGCGUUGGUCUUCACCCCCAUCGUGGCGACAGUCAUGGCUAACUUCACACGCCGACGCACCCUGGCUCUGGGAGUGGGGUUUUCAAGCAUCGGGCUCUCCUCCUUCAUAUUCGCACCGCUCUUCCAGCUGCUGGUUGAGACGUAUGCCUGGCGGGGGGCCCUGCUCAUCCUGGGGGGGCUGAGCCUCAACAUAGUGCCGUGCGGGGCCCUCAUCCAACCCCGCAAGUGCGUCAAGGCACCAGCCAUGCCAGAUUCAAAGAGUGAGACGUCAUGCUCUGCCCUCAUGCGGCGGGUCUCCUCUUACCUGGAGCUUUCUCUCCUCUUCCAGUUGCCUUUUCUCACCUACAGCCUGGCCAUCUGCCUCUUUAACGCCGGCUACUUUGUGCCGUACGUCCACCUGGUGGCCCACUGCCGCCAAAUCGGCUUCUCCGAAUACCAAGCGGCCUUCGUCAUGUCGGCAACGGGUGCCACCGACAUUUUGGGCCGCCUGACCUCGGGCUGGUUCUCAGAUCUGGGCUACUUUCGGCUGCUCCACAUGCUAACGCUGUGGACGUCUCUGACGGGAGUGUUCAUCAUACUGCUGCCGCUGGGCUCCAUGGCCGGCUCCUACAUCCUGGUGUUGUUCAUCAGCCUUUUCUACGGCUUCUGCUCCGGGGCCUUAACUUCACUGGUGUUUGCGGUGGUGCCUGAGAUCGUGGGCAUGGAGCACAUGGUGGGAGCCCUGGGUAUGCUGCAGCUCCUCGAGAGCAUCGCGGGCCUGCUGGGAGCGCCGCUGUCAGGCUUGCUUAAGGACACCACAGGAAACUACAUCGCUUCCCUGGUGGUGGCUGGUAGCUUCCUCAUCCUGGGCUCCGUCAUUUUGUCCACAUUACCUCACUACUUCUCCUGUAAGGGUCCUCCUCCUCCUAUGCAGUGUAGCACAAGCAAAGAGCUGCAUCCAGAAUCAGGACAGGUGGAGAAUGCCGCCUCCCUCACAGAUAAACUAGAGACACUUCCUCAGGUGGAAGUUGACCACCUUGCAGCAGAGUCUGAGCUCCUAAACAGCACCUGA